UCAUAACCAACCAAAAGUUGAGUUGGUACCACCAUACCAGCCCUAUCUUACUACUGCUCUUGUACUACACCUUAGCAACUCUCAUUCGACUUUGGCUACACGAACCUAUUGUACAGCAUGUGUCUGAUGAAGACAAGUCUGGUAAUAAAGAAGAGGAAAUGGAUUGCAGCCCAAACCAAAUGACUGCAGAGAGAAGGCGGAGCUUGUGGUAUAUAAGCCGUUACCCAACUGAUGAAAGAAAACUUCUUUCAGUGACGCAGGAUGAACACAAACCGUCUGAUAUUCUACUGGUGACAGUGAAUGGGACACCUAUUGAUUAUCAGAACAUACACCCGUUACGUCCCAUAGAGAAUGGGCCUGCCAAUGUAGACAUUUAUUCAAGACCACACUACAAAUGGGAUCCAUCAGUGGAUGACUUAGAAAUGAAAGAUGAGGAGGAGGAAGAAGAUGAUCAGGAAGAGGCUGGAGAGGAAGAAAAUACUGAAGAAGAGAAAAAUUCCAAAGUUCAUGCAAUGGUCACAGUUUUCCAUUUUAUUAUGAAGCAAAGUUAUGUUUGUGCUUUGAUUGCUAUGAUGGCUUGGAGUAUUACUUACCACAGUUGGUUGACAUUUCUGUUGCUCAUAUGGUCCUGCAUACUUUGGAUGCUACGUGAUCGAAGGAAAUAUGCUAUGAUCAGUUCACCUUUUAUGGUGGUGUAUGGAAACUUAUUAUUAACAUUGCAAUAUAUAUGGAGCAUUGAACUGAACGAACUUCCAGAAGUUUCAGGGUUUCUAGAACGGAAAGCUCCUACAGAAUUAGCAUCCAAGAUCUUAUUUGCAAUUACUUUCUGGCUGCUGCUUCGACAGCACCUUACUGAGCAAAAAGCUUUACGAUUAAAGGAAGCUGUUUUAUCAGAAGUCAAAGUUGAUGAGGAAGGGAGCGAAGAAAAAGAAGAGGAGCCCCAAAAAGAUGAAGAGGAAUCCACAAAAGAGGGGGAGGAGGAGGAGGAGGAGGAGGAGGAGGAGGAGGAAGAGGAAUCUGAAGAAGAAGAGGAAGAUGUAAUGAAGGUCUUGGGAAAUCUAGUGAUGGCUAUGUUCGUUAAAUACUGGAUAUAUGUCUGCGGCGGAAUGUUCUUCUUUGUCAGCUUUGAGGGGAAAAUUGUCAUGUACAAAAUCAUCUAUAUGAUGCUCUUCCUGUUCUGUGUAGUACUAUAUCAGGUGCACUAUGAAUGGUGGCGGCGAAUUCUGAAAUAUUUUUGGAUGUCAGUGGUGGUCUACACUAUGCUGGUGCUUGUUUUCAUAUACACAUAUCAGUUUAAAUCAUUCCCUACACUGUGGAAAAACAUGACAGGGAUGAAUGAUGAACAAUUAAAGGAUCUUGGCUUAGAACAGUUUUCUGUAGCAGAAUUGUUUACCCGCAUCUUUAUCCCAACCUCCUUUUUACUAGUGUGCAUAUUACACCUCCAUUAUUUCCAUGACCGUUUCCUUCAGCUCACAGAUUUAAAAGCCAUUAUCAGCAAACAGGACAGUGCCAUUUACAGACUGGUGCACCAAGAUGGAAGCCUGCCUGAUAUCACAAUGAUGAUUUCAAAUAGCAACACUGAAAGGGAAGAGGAAAAGAUGUUGCAAGAUCAGGAAAAGAUGCCACAAGAACAGGAAGAUAGUAUAAUGAUUAGGGAGGAGAGAGAACAUGAGGAAGAGGAAAAGGAAAAAGAGGAAGAGGAAGUGGAUGAAGAAGAUGAGGAUGAGGAUGAAUCGGAGACAGAAGAAAUAUCAGAUUUAAGAAACAAAUGGCAUUUAGUAAUUGACCGGCUCACUGUACUUUUCUUGAAAUUCCUGGAGUGCUUUCAUAAACUGCAAGUCUUUGUGUGGUGGAUUCUGGAGUUACACAUAAUCAAGAUUGUUUCAUCAUAUAUUAUCUGGGUCACAGUAAAAGAGGUCUCACUCCUUAACUAUGUAUUUUUGAUUGCCUGGGCUUUUGCUUUGCCAUAUUCUCAGUUCCGCCCGUUGGCAUCUAGUGUUUGCACUGUUUGGACCUGUGUGAUUAUCAUCUGCAAAAUGUUGUACCAGCUUGAAUCUAUUAAUACUGCAAACUUUUCUGUCAACUGCACAAUGCCUAAUAUGACUGUAAAGCCAGAAGGCCUGAGUGAAUCACUUCUCUACCGAAAACCCAUUGAUCCAACUGAAUGGGUUGGGUUAAAAAAGUCCUAUCCUUUGCUUGUGUACUUGAGGAAUAACCUGCUGAUGCUGGCAAUUCUUGCCUUUGAAGUUACUAUUUACAGGCAUCAGGAAUAUUAUAGAUGUCGAAACAAUCUCACUGCACCUGAUACCAAAACAAUUUUUCAUGAUGUUACCAGAUUACAUUUGGAUGAUGGAGUAAUUAGCUGUCUUAAGUAUUUCGUAAAUUACUUUUUCUACAAGUUUGGUUUGGAGAGCUGUUUCCUGUUAUCAGUAAAUGUGAUUGGUCAAAGAAUGGAUUUUUAUGCCAUGAUUCAUGCCUUUGCCUUAAUUGCUGUACUGUAUCGACGAAGAAGAAAAGCCAUAGCAGAAGUCUGGCCAAAAUACUGCUGUUUUCUAGCAUGCAUCAUUACAUUCCAGUACUUUAUUUGCAUUGGCAUCCCACCUGCUCCUUGUAAAGAUUAUCCAUGGAGAAGUCCUAAUGCUAAUUUCAACUCUAAUAUCAUCAAAUGGUUAUACUUUCCAGAUUUCAUUCAACGUCCAAAUCCUGUCUUUCUUGUAUAUGACUUCAUGUUAUUACUAUGUGCAUCCUUACAAAGGCAAACCUUUGAAGAUGAGAACAAGGCAGCUGUACGUAUUAUGGCUGGAGACAAUGUAGAGAUCUGCAUGAACCUUGACGCAGCAUCGUUUAGCCAGCACAAUCCUGUCCCUGAUUUUAUCCAUUGCCGAUCUUAUCUAGACAUGGGCAAAGUGAUAAUGUUCAGUUACCUCUUCUGGUUUGUACUGACCAUCAUCUUUAUAACGGGAACUACUCGGAUCAGUAUAUUCUGUAUGGGCUACUUGAUAGCCUGUUUCUAUUUCUUGCUGUUUGGAGGAGAUUUAUUACUAAAACCUAUCAGAAGCAUUCUUCAUUAUUGGGACUGGCUGAUAGCUUACAAUGUCUUCGUGAUUACAAUGAAAAAUAUAUUGUCCAUAGGAGCAUGCGGCUACAUUGGGUCAUUGAUUAAAAACAGCUGUUGGGUGAUUCAGAUAUUUAGUCUUGCUUGUACAGUUAAGGGUUAUACAAUACCUUCAGAUAAAGAUGGAAACUGUAAAUUACCUAGUGGGGAGGCAGGAAUAAUCUGGGACAGCAUUUGUUUUGCCUUCCUGUUACUGCAAAGGAGAGUCUUCAUGAGUUAUUACUUCCUCCAUGUGGUUGCAGAUAUUAAAGCCUCACAGAUUCUGGCAUCCAGAGGUGCUGAACUUUUUCAAGCCACAAUUGUGAAGGCUGUAAAAGCAAGAAUUGAGGAAGAGAAAAAGUCAAUGGAUCAACUGAAGAGACAAAUGGAUCGUAUCAAAGCCAGACAACAGAAAUAUAAAAAGGGUAAAGAAAGGGUGAUGAGCAUGAAUCAAGAAACCUCAGAUGGGCAAGCAAUUCAAAAGGAAGAUGAUGAUGAUGACGAUGGAGAAGCAGACAAAGAAAAAGCCAAAGGCAAAAAAAAGCAGUGGUGGCGGCCUUGGGUUGAUCAUGCUUCUAUGGUCAGAAGUGGAGAUUAUUAUUUGUUUGAAACGGACAGUGAAGAAGAGGAAGAGGAGGAGAAAAAGGAAGAGGACGAACCCGCUAAAAGAUCUGCAUUCCAGUUUGUUUAUCAGGCUUGGAUUACUGAUCCUAAAACUGCCCUCCAACAGAGACGAAAAGAGAAGAAAAGGUUUGAGAAAGAAAGAAGACGAAGACGGAAAGGAUCAGGAGAUGUUAGUAUAGAUGUGGAGUGUGACGAAAAAGAUGAAUCUGUCAAAAAGAAAUCAGAUGGACCUGAUAACAUUAUCAAAAGAAUAUAUAAUAUCUUGAAGUUUACCUGGGUUCUUUUCCUUGCAACAAUUGACAGUUUUACAGCUUGGCUCAAUUCAAUUUCGAGGGAACACAUUGAUAUUUCCACUGUGCUCAGAAUCGAGAGGUGCAUGCUUACUAGAGAAAUAAAAAAGGGGAAUGUUCCAACUCGAGAAAGUAUCCAUAUGUAUUACCAGAACCAUAUGAUGAAACUUUCCAGGGAAUCAGGAUUGGAUGAAAUUUAUGAGCCUGGACAGGCUGAGAGGACAGUAAGUCUAGAAUCUGCACCAUCUCGAGAUAGCGAAACCAGCUGCUGCACUGAAGCAACCACCCUCUUGUUGUCAAGGCAAUCAACCCUUGAUGAUUUAGAUGGACCAGAUCCUAUUCCUAAAACAAGUGAGCGUGCGCGACCUAGGCUUCGUAAAAUGUACAGUAUGGAUGUAUCUUCCUCAUCUGCUGACAGUGGCAGUAUAGUGUCCAGUGAGGCUACCCAAAUUACUAUGCUGUAUUCCCGUCAAGGAACAGCAGAAACCAUUGAAGAAGUUGAAGGAGAGGAGCAUGAGGAAGAGGGGGCAGAUCCAGCAACAAGACAGGAGCAUGAUAUGGAAGAUUAUUGCUUGGAUUCUGAAGGAGCUGCAUACACUUCUGAUACGGAUAUGCCUUCUUAUUCUGCUUUGGAUGGCAUUGCUGAACCCCCUCCUUCAUAUAGCAAAGUUGUGAGCUUGGAGCUUUUACCUUUGGAUGAUUCCCAAGAUGGUUCAUCUGAUAAAAAUCAAAUGAUGGUGAGCCCAGAUGAAAAUCAGUCUAUCAGACCAGAUGAUUCAAUACUCCCACCUUUGACACAUGAACUGACUGCAAGUGAACUACUUCUUAACAAAAUGUUUAAAGAUGAAGAACUGGAUGAGUCAGAAAAAUUCUAUGCCGAUCAGCCACGAUUUUUGCUGCUUGUUUAUGCUCUAUAUAACACACUUGUGGCCCGUUCAGAAAUGGUGUGUUACUUUGUAAUUAUUCUAAAUCACAUGAUUUCUGCUUCCAUGAUUACCCUCGUACUUCCUAUUCUUAUCUUCCUUUGGGCUAUGCUCUCCGUCCCAAGGCCUAGCAAACGUUUUUGGAUGACAGCUAUAGUCUACACUGAGGUAGCAAUAGUUAUAAAAUAUUUUUUCCAAUUUGGAUUCUUCCCUUGGAAUAAAAAUCUGGAAAUAAAAAAAGAUAAACCUGAUCAUCCUCCCAAUAUUAUUGGUAUUGAUAAGAAAGAGGGUUAUGUGCACUAUGACCUUGUUCAGCUACUUGCUUUGUUUUUCCAUCGAUCCAUUUUAAAGUGUCAUGGAUUGUGGGAUGAUGAAGAUGGAGGAGACAAUGGCAGUAAUAAAGAUGAUUCUGAUGAUGAGUUAUGUGAAUCAGACCGGAGAGGUUCUUCUGACUCUCUGCAAUCAGUUAAUUUGGCAACAUCUGUUGAAUCCAUCCAUGUUCAUUUUCCGGAACAACACUCUGCAGUCCGCAGGAAAAGUUCAAGCAGUGGUUCACAGUUGUCACACAGAUCUAGCUUCUCCUCUCACCGUUCAAAGAGAGGCAGUACCAGCACAAGAAAUAGCAGUCAAAAAGGAAGCAGCGUAUUGAGCAUAAAGCAAAAAUCAAGGAAAGAGCUCCUUAUGGAAAAGCUGCGAGAACAAAUGAUUAUAGCAAAGGCAUUUACAAUUAAAAAGACACUUCAAGUAUAUGUGCCCAUCAAACAGUUUUUCUACAAUCUGAUCCACCCAGAUUACAGUGCUGUGACUGAUGUUUACGUCCUGAUGUUCCUUGCUGAUACUGUGGACUUCAUUAUCAUUGUGUUUGGAUUUGGGGCUUUUGGGAAACAUUCUGCUGCAGCAGACAUUACUUCUUCCUUAUCAGAAGACCAAGUGCCACAAGCAUUCUUAGUUAUGGUGCUAAUUCAGUUUGGAACCAUGGUAGUAGAUCGGGCACUCUAUCUGAGAAAAACUGUCAUGGGGAAAGUCAUCUUUCAAGUCAUCCUUGUUUUUGGUAUACACUUCUGGAUGUUUUUCAUAUUGCCUAUAGUGACAGAAAGGAAAUUCAGCAAAAAUACAGUUGCCCAACUCUGGUAUUUUGUGAAAUGUGUUUAUUUUGGAUUAUCAGCUUAUCAAAUACGUUGUGGCUAUCCAACUCGUGUACUUGGGAAUUUCCUCACUAAAAGUUACAAUUAUGUAAACCUCUUCUUAUUUCAAGGAUUCCGGCUGGUACCAUUCUUGACAGAAUUGAGGGCCGUAAUGGAUUGGGUUUGGACAGAUACUACAUUGAGCCUUUCUAGCUGGAUUUGUGUUGAAGACAUUUAUGCUCAUAUAUUCAUCCUAAAAUGCUGGCGAGAAUCUGAGAAGAGAUAUCCCCAGCCAAGAGGCCAGAAGAAGAAAAAAGCUGUGAAGUAUGGAAUGGGAGGCAUGAUUAUCGUCUUGCUGAUCUGUAUUGUGUGGUUCCCACUGCUCUUCAUGUCUCUUAUUAAGUCUGUUGCAGGCGUCACAAACAAACCUCUUGAUGUAUCCAUCACAAUAACUUUAGGGGGUUAUCAGCCUAUAUUUACAAUGAGUGCUCAGCAGAGUCAGUUAAGAAACAUGACAGGAAAAGAAUAUGGUGAUUUUUUACGGAAGUUUAAGGAUAAUGCUGCUUUGCAAUUUUUAGAGAAUUAUGGUAGAGAAGAUAUAACAGUCGCACAGCUAGAAGGCAGUUCAAAUUCAUUGUGGACUAUCAGCCCCCCCAGCAGGGAAAACAUGAUUAAGGAGCUCAAGACAAUUGAAUCUGAUUUUUCUCUAGUUAUUUCAUGGACUGUUCAAAGAAACCUGUCCCUUGGAGCAAAAGCAGAAAUAGCAUCAGACAAAGUGUCUCUCAACCUACCAAUUGAUACAAGAAGAAAAAUUGCUGAAAUGAUGGAAUAUCCCAAUUCAACAAACUUAGUGAUACUAAAGGAAGUAUAUCCACAUUAUAUCAAGGCACCCAGUGACUCUCUCGCAAAACCUAUAAAGCAACUAUUGAAAGAUGGAAAAGAUGAAAAUAUCACUGUUUCACUGUCCAAUAAUAAUAACUCUGACAUUAAUUCUGAUCUUCGUGAAUGGUGGGUUCUAAACCAGACUAACAAAAUUUUGGAUAAAAACAAGACAAGGCUGGAACUUGUUGUGUUCAGUGACAAAGUUAGCCCUCCUAGCCUUGGAUUCUUGGCAGGCUAUGGGUAAGUGAUUGUAUCAUACUGAUACGAGUGUAUCAUUGCACACAUUUAACAAAACCUUAAUACCUUUGUUAUUCUUUGGAAUAGUACAGCUUACAUUUUUCAUAUGGUUUUCAUAAAGCACUUUCCCCAACCUGAGGCAUCUGAGAAGGAGAUUGCUACUCCCUCUCAAAUCAUUGUAUCAUCCUGAAACAUCUAGACUGGCUUCCUCUUAGGAGUUUUCAUCAUCAUAAAAUAACUUAUGCUCAUGUAAAGUUGAAUUGUGCCAUUGAGCAACAUUUUUAUUCUCAAGAGGAGAACAGAGACAUAACUAGGUCUUCAGGACCAUUGUGCAAGUGAAGCCAGGAGCAUGGCCAUUAUGCAAUGGUCCUGUUGUACUUUGGGUCAGUUAUGCAUAGCACCCCAUUGCAAAAAUAUUAUGUCAGAGAUGUAGCUAUGUCAUUGUAGAGUUACUCACCAUCUACGCUAGGAUCUAGGCUGCAGUCUUGUCUAAAUUCAGACACUAAGCAGGGCCUGGGCAUGCCAAGGCAACCUAAGAUCUUGAGAUCCUGGCUGAACCAUUGCCAACUGGAGUUAAUAAUACUGAUCUAAGAUGGAUCAAUACUCAGUAUAAGGCAGCUUCCUACAUUCCUGGUACCCCAGUGCAGAACACACUUUUUAGAGUACUUGAGAUAAUGAUAGAUGACAGAGAGAGAGAGACCAAUUGAAGUCCUAAAUGCAUGGAGACCAAAGAUGAUACAGAACAUCCCAUACAGAAUAAUUAAAAAAAAAAACACUUUUCAUAUGGUGGAGUAUUUGCCAACCUCUGUGAGUAUUCAAAUAUAUUAAUCCAUCUAUCCAUCCAUCCUUUUAUUUAACCCCAUCUUUUUCUCAAAAUGAGGCUCAUUGGGUCUUAGAAAAUGUUUUGUAGUGGAAACGUCUCUUAACAGAUAGAGACUGCCUUCCUGUCCAGUGUUUAGGAUGUUAUAAGCUAGACUUAUGACCUCGUAAAGUUUGGCAUUCACAUUUAUGAUUAUGGCAUCAUUGCCACAACUGCAAUUAAGAUGGGACCCCACAGGGGUCACUACUCCUAUUAUUCACAUCACAAUUCACUGGCAGGAGGUAGCUGGACAUGGUAUCCACCAGUGAUAUAAAACUGCUUCAGUUGGUGUGGCUACCUGACAUUUAAGGUGAGUUUUAGGGGCCAGAUUGGGAGAUGGAUUUUAGCUAUGCCAUUGCAGCUAUGUCUCUCAUGAGGGAAUGCAGCCAGUUGUUUUGUGGGACAUUGAAUGGAAAAAAAGAAGUGCCCUGUAGUAAAAAUCAAUGCAUCUGUUGCAUUUUUCCCUAGUUUUUUGGGAAGGGCAGCAACAAGUGGCAAGACUCUGGUGCCAUUGCUUACUAUGGUGCCGGUGACAAUAUCCUAGAAUGACUGCACUAUAGAUCUUUCUUCAGUAAAAAUUGAAUCUGCCGGAUUCUAUCCUAAUGUAAAAAGGUUUUAUAACCAUGCUGACUUUUGACAUAACUCCUGUCUUCACCUCUCUGUGACAAUGUUUAACAUUCCUCCAUUUUUAUACAUGUCUCAGUUUCUUUCCCUGCCAUUCCAUUUCUGUUGUUUAUGUAUGUGAUAAAUUCUUUGUUAAUGCAGAAAGAGAAGGAGUUUGUUACUAAACAUAUUCAUCAUUUAAUUUUUUAAAUUCUUCUUAUUGUCUCAAUAUCCACAUUUUGUGCUUGCAUUUUUAUUACUAUACAUUUCUAAAUGAA